AUGGGUUUCAAUUUGCAUGCCGACAACAGCAAUGACCCGCCAGAGGUGCGCAACUGGCGGGUGCAUCUCAUUGCCAUCAUCGUGAGUAUGGGGGCCAUUGCCAUGGGCUAUGACACCAGUGUUAUAGGUGGCACCAUGGCUUUGGACUCCUUUCGCAACGACUUUGGCAUAUCGCGUGUCACUGCGACGGCCAGAGAUACCCUGCAGGGCAACAUUGUUUCUACCUUCCAGGCCGGCUGCUUCUUCGGGUCUCUCCUGACCUUCCCGCUGGCCGAACGUUUUGGCCGCAAGAUAGCCAUUACUAUUGCGACCUCCAUCUUCCUUGUAGGCGGCAGUUUGAUGACGGCCUCGUCAGGUCAUGUGAGCUUGAUCUAUGCCGGGCGUGCCAUCGCCGGCUUCGGCAUCGGCUCUGUGUCGUUGCUGGUGCCUGUAUACAUCGCUGAGACAUCGCCAGCGUCCAUCCGCGGUCGUCUGGUAGGUAUCUUCGAGAUCGCCUCCCAAGGAGGAGGCAUGUGCGGCUUUUGGGUCAACUACGUCGUCAACCGCACGAUCUCCUCAGGACGAAUGGCGCAAUGGCAGGUGCCGCUGGGUAUCCAGCUGCUGCCCGGCUUUCUGCUGUUGGCGGGCAUCUUUUGGUGCCCCGAGACACCGCGUUGGUAUGCGAAACAGGAUCGCUGGGAGGAUGCUGAAAAGAGCUUGACGUGGAUUCGCAAGCUCCCGGUGAAUGACCCAUUUAUCCAGGACGAACUGCAGCAGAUCCGCGAGCAGAUUCUGAUCGGACUUCCACCGCCCGGCACAAAGCACUCUGUGCACUACUAUGUGCAGCGUCUGUGGCGGAAGGGCACCCGCAACCGCAUUGGCAUCGGUCUGCUGCUCAUGGCCUUCCAGAAUCUGACGGGGGUCAAUAUCAUCACCUAUUAUUCUCCACGCAUCUUUGAGACCCUGGGCAUUACCGGCACUGACACCAAGCUCUUUGCGACUGGAUUCUACGGGAUCGCCAAGGCCCUGGGUAUGGUGAUCUUCAGCAUCUGGCUAGUGGAGAAGGUUGGUCGACGCAGCGGACUCAUCUGGGGAGCCUUUAUCGGCAGCCUGCCCAUGUGGUAUAUCGGCGGCUACGUAUUCAAGGCUGACCCAGAGGGUGCAGCGGCGAGAGGCGACACGUCCCGCAACGGCUGGAGCUAUCUCGCCAUGGUGUGUGUAUAUUUGUAUGGACUGAUCUACUGCGCCACAUGGCAGGGUAUCACUUGGGUCGUGUGCUCCGAGAUCUUCCCCAUUGACAUUCGCAUGCUCUGUGUGGCCAUCACUACGGCUGACCAAUGGCUGUGGUCGUUCAUCGUCAGCCGGACCACUCCCUACAUGAUCACCUCGCUUGGUUAUGGCACCUACUUCUUCUUUGCGACUUUGAUGAUCUGUCUGGGCUUUUGGUCCUGGUAUUUUGUCCCUGAAACAAAGGGCAAGACGCUGGAAGAGAUGGAAGCGCUGUUUGGGGCACCCACGCUGGUCGACCAUGAGCUGGGCAGCGUGCGCAGUGAUGAGAAGACCGAGGUCAUUGUGACUGCGUCGCAUGUGGAGAAGAUCUGA